UUUAUCAGAUAACCAUAUAAAGCUACAAAUGGACUGAUCAACAUUUGAAUAUAUGGCCUCCCCUCACUAAAAUGGUCCGCUGAAAAGCAGAUAACCCAGCGGUCCCUCAACUGCCAUUAAGCCUGCGCCCUCCAAACACAACGCCCUAAACCGUCGUUCAAAAUAUAUUGAGAAGGAGGGAGAGCGCGCGGAGAGGAGAGGGGGAGAGCAUGUCUGAGAUCGCCAAUAAAGUGCUGAGGAAAUAGUCAUUAGGAUGUGGGCAAUAGUUCUCCACAGGGUCAGGGUGAGGCCGGUCGCAGCCACCGCUUCCUCCCGCCUCUCUGUGUCUCUCCGACGCAGACAUGAAGAUCCCUCUGGCGCUCAUCGUGGCCGUCUGCUGGAGCCUGGGCAGGAGGGUCCGGGGGCGGCGUGCGGCGGCCAGUGGGCGUGGCACGGGCGCUGUGGGCGUGGUCUGGAGUGUCGCUACCCCGAGGUGCCGAAGGGCGACGUCUCGCCGCCCUUCUUUCCUGAGCGGCCUCCCGGGGCGCUGCGUCAGCACCAACACCACCAUUUCCGACAAGAUCAACGUCUUUUUCUCGUGGAUUUCCUCCUUCAUCCAGAACACGAUCAUGGGCGGGGACUAGGGUUGCUUCCCUCCUGAACCUCCUUUUGUUUCUCUCCUUCUCUUCUUCUGCCCCUCUUUCACCCUUUCCUCUCUUCCUUCUCCUUGUUUACACCCUCAACACCCUUCCCUCUCCUCCAACCGCCUUAUCGAUAUCUAGUCUUCUGCUCUGCUUUCGUUUCUAAAAUUAUUAUUUCUCUUUGUAGUUGUCACUAUCUCCUCUUUUUCCGUUAGGCAUUUAUAGUAUAUAAACCUUUGUUUUGCUAAAACCAUUGUUAACACUGCUAAUGUCAUCUUAAUUUUAAGAUUAUCAUUAUUUUUCAUUAUAUUUUUUCCAUAAACUAAAACGAAGUGAUAAUCAGUGGCUUGGGAAAAUGAAGUGAUAAUGAGUGGAAAAAAAGCAGGAACUGUGAAAAAAGCAAAUAAAAUCUGCGGACGUACA